AUGGCAGACACCACGACUAUAAUCACCAACGCCACCGCGCUAUAUGGCAAGAUUUCGCGCGCAUACGAUAACCUUCGUAAGCUCGGCGAGGCCAACAUCACACUCGGUGCAGUGGAAGCCCGGCUUCUGAAUCUCGACAAACUGUGGGAGAAGUUCGAUGCGAUGAAUGAUAUCUUGGCUGAGCGUGUAGACGAAAUAAAGCAUGACGUCUAUGCUAAACAGGACAUACCUUCACUCGGCGAAGAGUCUUAUCUCGUGAACAAGGGCCUGAUGUUGGAGAUGCGGCGUACUCUCCAGAAGAAGGAACGCGCCGCUGCUUCUGCUACUUCAGAGACAUCACCAUCGGCGCCUCGCACCACGCUACCUCGAAUCCAGCUGCCGACCUUCACGGGAAGAUACGAGGAUUGGCCGGCCUUCCGAGACCUCUUCGUCUCCCUCAUCGGUCAGGAUAAGACGACGAAGCCUGUGGAGAAGAUGCAUUACUUGAAGAGCUGUGUCAAGGGCGAGGCAGAUCUUCUCAUCAGAGACCUCAGUUCUACCGAAGCCAAUUACGAGCGAGCCUGGCGAACUCUAAGCGACUACUACGAAAAUAAGCGCUUACUAACCCGCUCUUAUAUAACGAAUUUUUUAAGCCUGCCAAAGAUGAAGGGAGAAUCCUCUACUGAGCUUCGGAAGAUAUUCCACGGCAUCAAGACUACGGUCAGCUCGCUGGUGAGCAUCGACCGGCCAGUAGGGAGUACUGAAGAUCUCUUUGUGCACCUCGCCGUUGACCUUCUCGAUAGUCGCUCUCGCCGCGAGUGGGAGACCUCCAUCAGCGAAACGAACGAGCCUCCGCCAUACGCUCUGCUAGAGCGAUUCCUUGAGCGACGCCUUCAUACUCUUGAGUCGUUACCCUCGACGAAGAUCGACGUCUCGUCCAGCAAGGCCAGCGGGAGUCAGUCGAGGUCGACUCGUACGCACCAUGCUCGUAAGCUGGACUCAAAGGAGCUCAAGGGAAACACUAAAGGACGCUGUUCAGCCUGCCAGGGUGACCACUUCGUGAUGCUGUGCGACGCUUAUAGGAAAAUGACGGCCUCAGAGCGCAAGCAGCACGUCGAAGGCAACGACUUGUGCGGAAACUGUCUCGGCCGACACAAGACCAAGGAGUGCGCCUCCAAGAAGAACUGCUCUGCUUGCAAUGACCGGCAUCACACCUCACUCCAUGAUGCCUACCGCUCAUCGGAGACCGUCAAAACGGCGCACGUCAGCAAGGGACCGGUUCCGACGCCUGUAGCGGUACUUUUGGCCACAGCACGCGUUCGCGUAUGCGAUCGCUAUGGUUCCUGGCAGUCCGUUCGCGCCCUCGUCGACCAAGGCUCGGAAUCCUCCAUUGUGUCGGAAAGGCUCACCCAACGCUUGCGGCUAGCACGGAGCUCCGCUUCAGUUUCCGUGUAUGGAGUCGGCGGGAAAAAGACAGGCGUCUCAAAAGGUAAAGUGGUACUCACCCUCCAGUCUCUUAGUGGCUGCCCUUCCAUCACCGUCCACGCCCUGGUGCUGCCGAAGCUGACCAUCUACGCCGGCGGCUACAACGGCUGCGGGCAUAACUGGCCUCAUCUUCAGGGUCUGGAGCUCGCGGACCCUGAUUACCGCUCAGCUGAUCCGGUUGACAUCCUCCUUGGUGCGGACGUUUACAGUUCGAUCCUCUGUCAGGGCCUAAAAAAGGGAAAUCGACAUGAGCCAAUAGCUCAACAAACCACGCUCGGCUGGAUACUGUCAGGCGUGGUUGGUGAGACGACUACCGGACAUCACGUUCACACUCACCAAUGCCGAGUUGAGGACGACGUCUCUAUCCUGGUGCGACGCUUCUGGGAGCAGGAGGAGCUUCAACGGCCUUCACAACUCUUCUCCAAGGCUGACCAGGAGUGCGAGGAUCAUUUCCUAAGACAUCACAGCCGUACCGCCAACGGUCGAUAUGUGGUGAGACUGCCGACGAUCGAGCCUCUGCCUGAUCUCUCAGCCACUCGACGCGCCGCCAGUCGGGCCCUGCAACACGUCAGCAAAAAAUUAGAACAAGAAAAUACCUUCCGCAGCAUGUACGUGGAUUUCAUGGAGCAAUACUUGGACCUCAACCAUAUGAAGCCGGCUCCCCUGUCGACCACUGGAUCUCUACAGCGAACCUGCUACCUUCCUCACCACGGGGUCCUGCGCGAAAACAGUGUCUCUACCAAGUUGAGAGUGGUCUUCAACGGUUCGAGCUCUUUGGCCAACGGCGACUGUCUCAACCGAUUCCUGAUGACGGGACCCAACCUGCUUCCCGCCCUAGCGGACAUCCUACUACGGUGGAGAAGGCACCGGUUCGUCUUUGCCACCGACAUUGAAAAAAUGUACCGGCAAAUCCUGGUGCAUGCCGAUGAUCAAAGCCUGCAAAGAAUAUUGUGGAGGAAGGACUCGGAAACAGAGAUCAAGGAAUAUUGGCUGACUACUGUGACUUACGGUUUAGCCUGCGCUCCAUACUUGGCCAUCCGCACACUGCAUCAGCUCGCCGUGGACGAAGGCGAUCGUCAUCCUGAGGGAGCCGCGGUCCUCCGCUCCGACGUUUACAUGGACAUCCUGUCUGGAGCUUCUACCCUCCAAGAAGCCAAGGAAAUCCUCCGACAGCUUGUUCUGAUCUGCAAGGCGGGAGGCUUCCCUCUGAAAAAAUGGUCAGCUAAUCACCCUCAGUUACUUUCGACAUUACCUACCGAGGACUGCCUCCAGCAAGAGGCAAGAUGGUGGCUGCCUGGGGAAAGUCAUGCCACCCUGGGAUUACGGUGGCAACCUUGCGACGACCUCUUCUCCUUCGCCACCAGCCAACCAACGUUGUCCACGAUCACCAAGCGGUCAGUCUUAUCGUUGACAGCGAAGCUGUUUGAUCCGCUCGGUUGGCUGUCUCCCACGACUGUUCUCGCCAAGACUCUAAUCCAGUCUACUUGGUUGCUCGGCAUCGACUGGGACACUCCUCUUCCGGACGACCAUGAGAAGGCCUGGUUACGCUUCCAAGCGGAGCUCCCUCAACUGGAGAGACUGCACGUUCCUCGAUGGCUGGGUGGAGGAUCGACUGACUGCCGCCUGGAAGUCCACGGAUUCGCUGACGCCUCAGUCCGUGCCUACGCCGCUGUGGUGUACCUAAAAACCGAGAAGAACGGGGAGUAUGGAGUUACGCUGAUUGCCGCCAAGACGAAAGUUGCUCCGCUAAAACAAAUCUCCUUACCUCGGCUCGAGUUAUCAGCCGCAACUCUUCUGGUCCGCCUCGUUCAGCAAACGCUGCCUCUCAUCGGAGCUGAAAAGGCGCCUCUUCAUCUCUGGUCAGACUCCACAGUGGUUCUCGGCUGGAUCCGUGGACAUCCUUCUUCCUGGGUCACAUUCGUUGCCAACCGGGUCAGCGAAAUUCAGACGUCGCUCCCCGACGCCCUUUGGCAUCAUGUCCCUGGACGCGAAAACCCGGCUGACUGCGCCUCUCGAGGCAUCUUCCCUGGAGAUCUGGAGGCGCAUCCACUUUGGUGGCAGGGUCCCUCUUGGCUGAAAACGGAGAGCGGCCCUUGGACCGUCUUCGGAGAAGAUCCCAGCUACGUCGAGCUACCAGAACGUCGAGUCCGUUCGCACGCUGCAGUCUUGGACAAGCGAGGAGACGAACCGGAGCUGCUACUCCGAUACUCGUCCCUGCAGCGACUACUUCGCAUCACCGCCUGGUGUCUCCGGUGGUUACGACAACGCCGACGGCAGCCCAUCCUUCUCAAUCGCGACGGCGGGGUAGACGCUGAAGAACUGCAUGACGCGAUGAUCCACUGGGUACGGCUCGUCCAAGCUGCAAAUUUCAAGGACGAGUUAAAAUCGUUGCGAGGACUGACAUCACUGCCCAACCGAAGCCCACUCAAUACGCUCAGCCCGUUUGUAGACGAUUCGGGCGUUAUCCGCGUCGGAGGGCGUCUACGACAUUCUCAAAUGUCUUUUCAGGCCAUCCAUCCAAUCAUCCUACCGAGUUCGUCGCGAAUUACUUACCUCGUCAUCGAUGAGCAUCACCGACGAUCGUUGCAUGGGGGCACCCAGCUGACUCUGUGUUCCAUCCGCCAAGAAUUUUGGAUUCCUCGUGGACGAUCCCUCGUUAAAACCCACAUUCACCGCUGCGUAAGAUGCCUGCGAUGGCGGGCGGCUACAGCACAGCCUCUCAUGGGUGACUUGCCUGCGCCCCGAGUGACGCCAGGAAGACCAUUCCUCCAUACUGGCGUCGACUACGCCGGACCCGUCUGGCUGCGAAGUGCCAAAGGCCGCGGGCAAAAAUCUUCUAAGGCCUUCAUUGUCGUUUUCAUUUGUUUAGGUUCCAGGGCCGUCCAUCUUGAUGUCGCCUCGGACUACUCGGCCGAUGCCUUCUUGGCAUCCCUGCGUCGGUUCAUCGCUCGGCGAGGUGUAUGCCAAACGCUAUACAGCGACUGUGGGACCACCUUCAUAGGCGCCGACACGCAACUCCGAGACUUAUUCGCAGCCACAAACCCUGAAGGCCGUCGCAUCGCCUCCUUCGCUGCUCAGGAACAAAUUCAGUGGCGGUUCAACCCACCGGCUGCGCCCAACUUCGGCGGCAUCUGGGAAGCGGCAGUCAAGUCAAUGAAGCACCAUCUUCGCAGAGUGAUAGGAGAAGCUACACUCACCUACGAGGAGAUGGCCACUCUCCUCUCCCAGGUCGAGGCUUGCCUCAACUCUCGGCCUCUGCAACCGCUGACCGACGACCCGGAGGACUUCAGCGCGCUGACGCCCGGCCAUUUCCUCAUCGGCUCCGCGCUCUCCGCCGUCCCCGAACCGUCGCUGACCGAGGAAUCGUCGUCGCGCCUCUCCCGGUGGCAGCUUCUACAAAAGAUGAAGGAUCAUUUCUGGUCUCGAUGGUCUCGCGAAUAUCUGCACACGCUGGCUCAUCGGCCGAAAUGGUUCAAAAUAAACCGGGAAGCUCGCGUCGGUCGACUUUGUUUAAUCCGUCACGAAAUGACCGCUCCAACGAGGUGGCCUCUAGCGCGCAUCACCAAAUUGCUCUCCGGAGCCGACGGACACGUUCGCGUCGUCGAGGUCCGCACCGCCACCACUGUCUUGACCCGACCCGUUAGCAAACUCGUUUUCCUUCCCGACGCUGACGAACUGCCACCUAAAACCCAAAGCGAUUAG